AUGUCGGCACCACCAGGUCGAUCGGCCACAGUCACAUCUCUCAGCGGGCGCGUGAAUGCGCUCAAGUUUAUGCAACGGGCCUCUCCCUCUUCUACCUCCAACACCCCUACCAAACCCACAGCAUCGUCGUCACGGACGCCACUCGCCUCGCCUUCCCCCGCAACCGCUGCUGCUGCUUCACCAUCACCUUCUGUUCCGGGAUCUCCCUUCGGAGGUGCGGUAGACGAAGAGCAGUGGUCGCUAUCUCCUGCUGCGAUCGCAAAGCUUCGUGCUAAAGCUUCGCGCCCUGAAACGGCCAGCGUGCAAAAGAAGGGACCGACGAUCUCGCAAGAGGCCGGAUUCGACGCUUGGCUCAUAACACGCGAGAAGCAGGUACCUGGUGAUUCGGCGAGCAGCAGAACGAGUCAGAGGCAGACGUUUGGAAAGCUUGGCAAACAGAAGCAAGAGGCUGACGAGGACCAGGAUUCCAAGAAGAGGUCCAGAGGGCAGCACGACGACAACGACGACGACGAGGACAACGCAGAAGGCCUAGAGCCAGAUUUUGAGUCGGGGGAGAGCGAGCAGGAAUCACCAAAACGCUUCGUCAAGCCUGGAUCCCUUUCAAACGGCAAGAACAAAGACAAGAGAAGCGACAAGCAGCAUCAAGAGUCUCCCUCGGCGAAAAAGCCCAAAAAGAACGGCGCCGGCAAGGACCAAGACAAAGUCGUAUUUGCACGCAAACGAGGUGGCAAACCAGGCAUCUCAGGCGGCGGCCGAUAG